AUGGAGUCCAAAUUUUCGGGUUUUGCCAAAGAGACCACCGCCAGACCUGCGUGUAAAAAAUGCGGUUACUCUGGUCACUUGACGUUUCAAUGUCGGAAUUUCAUUAAAAUCGAUCCCAACAAGGAUAUCGUGUUGGAUGUGAGCAGCACAAGCAGUGAACCGGAUGAGGAGUAUGUGACACCACUGGUGCAGCUGCGCGAAACCGAAUUAGCCUUGAAAUUGAAAGAGGCGGCGUCCAAAAAAAAGAAGAAGAAGAAGAAGAAGAAGUCAAAGAAACGCAAGCACAAUACGACUGACAGCGAGUCAUCUGACGAUGAUACGGCUGAGCGAAAAAAGAAACAUAAGAAACACAAGAAACAUAGGAAAGAAAAAAAAUCUAAAGAUUAA